GUGUGAAACGCGCUCGUGACGUGCCCGCGCAACCUGAAGGUCUACACAAGUUCUAUAAGCAGGCGUACUUUUAGAGUUCAGCAUUGAACGGCUGCGUUGAACUGUGCGGGUUACCUUCCAGUUUUCAACUGACAUUUCCAAGUUUUCAUCCCAACAUCAUUCCUUCUAUGUGGCUAUAAGAGAGGCUGAUUUGAUGGACAAAGGACAAAGUUAAAUAUUCAUUUUGAAAAAUAUUACUUUGGAUGCCACAGAAACAAGGACACCACGAUUCCAGACCAGUACUGUCCACUUUUGAGAGCCGUCUGAGUGAGGAAACCCAUAUAACGGACACCACAAAUAUGAAAAUAAGCAUCAAAUAGGAGUACAUCACUAUACGAACAUUCUCACAGUGGAAUUAACCACCGUACUUUCAAAGGACACUGUAUAUCAGAGGCUAUUGCUGUUGGAUCUGAGAGUUUACAGUCAUGUCUCCGUUCCUGAGGAUUGGUUUUUCCAGCUUUGAGAUGGACCCAGGGCUUGCUUACCAUGAAGAAGUACUCAAUCCAUACUGUGCCGUCUACAUGAAAGAGGCUGUGGAGACUGAAAAGGGUCAAGUGUACAAGCAGAAGCGGCCCACCAUGUAUCCGCCCUGGAGCAGCACGUUUGAUGCUCACGUCCACAGAGGACGGGUAAUGCAUGUGGUGGUCAAGGACAAGACGGCUGAGCUAAAGACGGAGGCUACUGUCCAGCUUGACACCCUCGCAUCACGCUGCAAGAAAGAGAACGGCAAACUGGAGAUCUGGGUGGAGCUGAAGCCACAGGGUCGCGUACUGAUGGAGGCACGCUAUUUUCUGGAGAGGAGUGACGCUGCAGGUCAUGGUGAAGCGGAUCGAGAAAGUGAACGGGAAAAAGAAGGGGUGUUCGCCUUGCAUCACAGACGAGGAGCCAUCAAACAGGCCAAAGUUCACGUGGUCAAAUGUCACGAGUUUACCGCCACCUUUUUCCCUCAGCCAACUUUCUGUUCAGUCUGCAAGGAGUUUGUCUGGGGCCUGAAUAAACAGGGAUAUCAGUGUCGACAAUGCAAUGCCGCCAUCCAUAAAAAGUGUAUCGACAAAGUCAUCGCCAAAUGCACAGGCUCAGCAAUAAACAGUAAAGAAACUAUGAUCCAUAAGGAACGUUUUAAGAUUGACAUGCCUCACAGGUUUAAAGUGUACAACUACAUGAGCCCGACAUUCUGUGAGCACUGUGGGACCCUGUUAUGGGGUCUUGCUCGGCAGGGCCUUAAAUGCGAAGAGUGUGGCAUGAACGUUCACCAUAAAUGUCAGAGGAAAGUAGCAAACCUUUGUGGCGUCAACCAGAAGCUAAUGGCAGAGGCCCUGGCUAUGAUUGAGACCACUCAACAGCAGGCUCGGAGCUCGCGGGAUGAGAUUGUUGGUCGAGAGGGUCCAGUGGGUGUAAGUCAGGCAGGGGUCACUAGAGAGCCUUCAGGCCGCUUACCAGUUUCUCCUCUCAAGCCUGCACCACCUCUGCCGCGCAAAGCUAUUGAUGCCCAGCUCUUCUCUGUUCCUACAGAGCAUCAAGGUAUUUCAUGGGACUCUUCGGCUGAGGGCCGCAGGCCAAGCCUUGAAGAGCCUGAGCCCCUGUAUGCCACCCCACGCAAAGAGCACCACAAAUUCACCCUAGACAAUUUUACUCUGCAUAAGAUGCUGGGCAAAGGAAGCUUUGGAAAGGUUUUCCUGGCCGAGCUGAAAGGCUCAGGGCAGUUCUUUGCAGUGAAGGCCCUGAAGAAAGAUGUAGUUCUGAUGGAUGAUGAUGUUGAAUGCACUAUGGUGGAGAGGAGAGUGCUGUCUCUGGCCUGGGAACACCCCUUUCUCACACACCUCUACUGCACCUUCCAGACUAAGGAAAAUCUUUUCUUUGUGAUGGAGUACUUAAACGGAGGCGACUUAAUGUUCCACAUUCAGACCUGCCACAGAUUUGACCUCCCACGGUCCACGUUCUACGCAGCAGAGAUUAUAUGCGGCCUGCAGUUUCUACAUUCUAAAGGCAUUGUAUACAGAGAUCUUAAGCUGGAUAACAUUUUACUAGACAUUGAUGGUCAUAUCAAGAUUGCUGAUUUUGGCAUGUGUAAAGAGAACAUGAUCGGAGAAGCUAGAACAUGCACCUUCUGUGGAACACCAGACUACAUCGCCCCUGAGAUUCUGCUUGGGCAUAAAUAUGGGACUUCUGUAGACUGGUGGUCAUUUGGUGUCCUUCUUUAUGAGAUGUUGAUUGGUCAAUCCCCAUUUCAUGGGCAUGACGAGGAAGAGCUGUUUCAGUCCAUUCGCACUGAUGACCCGAACUACCCACGCUGGUUAUCUAGAGACGCUCGGGACAUUCUUGAAAAGCUAUUUGUCCGGGAACCGGAGCAAAGGCUGGGUGUGAAAGGAAAUAUACGACAGCAUGCGUUCUUCAGAGACACAGACUGGAAGGCACUGGAAAAACGACAGGUAGAGCCACCCUUCAGGCCCACUGUGAAAUCAGCAAGUGACUGUAGCAACUUUGAUAAGGAGUUCAUAAAUGAGAAGCCUCGACUUUCCGUCACAGAUCGUAUCAUCAUCAACAGCGUGGACCAGAGCAUGUUUAACAACUUCUCCUUCAUCAACCCCGUCAUGGCCCGUCUCAAAAGCCCCUGACUCACAAACAUUCAUUAAAGACAUUUGUGCAAAUACUGUGAACAGGUCCAAAGCAGAAGGCAAACACUCACCUGAGCUAUAUCAGCCUCUAGUCAACCUCAUUUCAUUCUAUGAGCAGUGAAUAAAAGACACAGUAGUGUCAAAUUAUAUAUAAUAUAAAAUACACUGCUCAAAAAAAAAUAAAGGAACACUUUUUAAUAAGAGAAUAGCAUCAAGUCAAUUAAACUCCUGGGAUAUUGAUCUGGUCAGUUGAGUAGCAGAGGGGGUUGUUAAUCAGUUUCAGCUGCUUUGGUGUUAAUGAAAUUAACAACAGGUGCACUAGAUGGGAAACAAUGAGACGACCCCCAAAACAGGAAUGGUUUUACAGGUGGAGGCCACUGACAUUUUUUCCCUACUCAUCUUUUCUGACUGUUUUUCACUAGCUUUGCAUUUGGCUAGGGUCAGUGUCACUACUGGUAGCAUGAGGUGAUACCUGGACCCUACAGAGGUUGCACAGGCAGUCCAACUCCUCCAGGAUGGCACAUCAAUACUUGCCAUUGCCAGAAGGUUUGCUGUGUCUCCCAGCACAGUCUCAAGAGCAUGGAGGAGAUUUCUAGAGUAACUGCCUGUCUCCUGGAGAGUUGGACAGGGCCGUAGAAGGUCUUUAACCCAUCAGCAGGACCGGUAUCUGCUCCUUUGUGCAAGGAGGAACAGGAUGAGCACUGCCAAGCCCUACAAAACGACCUCCAGCAGGCCACUGGUGUGAAUGUCUCUGACCAAACAAUCAGAAACAGACUUCAUGAGGGUGGCCUGAGGGCCCGACGUCCUCUAGUGGGCCCUGUGCUCACUGCCCGGCACCGUGGAGCUUGACUGGCAUUUGCCAUUGAACACCAGAAUCGGCAGGUCCGCCACUGGCGCCCUGUGCUUUUCACAGAUGAGAGCAGGUUCACCCUGAGCACGUGACAGACGUAAAAGGGUCUGGAGAAGCCGUGGAGAACAUUAUGCUGCCUGUAACAUCGUUCAGCAUGACCGGUUUGCUGAUGGGUCAGUGAUGGUCUGGGGAGGCAUUUCCAUGAAGGGACGCACAGACCUCUACAGGCUAAACAAUGGCAUCCUGACUGCCAUUAGGUAUCAGGAUGAAAUCCUUGGACCCAUUGUCAGACCCUACGCUGGUGCAGUGGGUCCUGGGUUCCUCCUGGUGCAUGACAAUGCCCGGCCUCAUGUGACGAGAGUAUGCAGGCAGUUCAUGGAGGAUGAAGGAAUUGAUACCAUUGAAUAGCUCCCACGCUCGACUGACCUAAAUCCAAUAGAACACUGCUGGGACAUUAUGUUUCGGUCCAUCCGACGCCGCCAGGUUGACUGUCCAGGAGCUCAGUGAUGCCCUGGUCCAGAUCUGGAAAGAAAUACCCCAGGACACUAUCCGUCAUCUCAUUAGCAUGCAUACAAGCACGUGGGGGCCAUACAAACUACGGAGUACCAUUUUGAGUUGCUGCAGUAAAAUUUCAGCAAAAUGGACUAGCCUGCUGCAUCAUUUUUUCACUAUGAUUUUCAGGGUGUCUUUGAAUUCAGUCCGCUGUAGGUUGAUAAUUUUAAUUUCCAUCAAACGAUGUGGCAUCCUCUUGUUCAUAACACAUUACCCAGUCCGUAUCAGUAUAGAUAUCCAGCAUGAUAUUUUUCCCUAUUGAGAUCUGAUGUGUUUUCAAAGUGUUCCUUUAAUUUUUUUGAGCAGUGUAUAAAUUGUUGUUAUUAUAUUAUUUGGUGCCUCCUUCCAUUUUUGUGAUGUGAAACGCAAAAGAGCAUAUGAACAUGUUGGUUCAAGGGUCUCAAACAAGCAACAUAAACAGUAAGUUAAUACUGAGUAACUUACAUUGUAGACACAACAUUGCCUGUUACUGUAUCUAUUUUUGGUCGGCCGUCGAAAAUAGCUCCAAACGAACUCAAAAUAGAAUCGAACACAACAGUUGUUUUUCAUUCCUUACCCUGAAUGAAUCCGUUUUGAACGAGUCGGAGUGAAUGAGCACUUAUCGCCACCUACUGGUAUAAUGGCGUAAGCUGCAAAAAAUGUCAAUGAAGAAUCCCAGACAACAGUGUAUGGACAUUAUUAAAUACGGGAGUGACAAAAGUGAAGUUUUGCAGGCGAUGAAUUUGAUAAAGCUUCAUGUACAUCUUAUAUUGUGGGUUGUAUUUGUUUGAAAUGCAUAUCAUCAUAGGUUUUCAAGAUACUUGUGCCUGGUUGUGCAUCAUCAAAGUCAUUUACUAGAUUCAGUGUGUUUUAUUAGAAUGAAUGUGCUGGUGUUCACAUCUUUAAUACUGAUCAGUUUCAUUAGCCUAUGUGUUCAAUACUGAAUUCUAAAGACCUUGUAUAGAAGUGUAGUGGCAAAAUAUCACACUGUGUAGCAUACUGUAUGUUCAGUUGAAUUCUAUUAUGUUCUUGGAUUGUACAAAGUUAUAUAUGAAUUCUUGAAAAUUAAUGUGUAGUACAUAAAAACUGAAUAUAUUUAGAGAGAGUUCGUAGUUACAAAUUCAUGUUGUCUGUAUAGUCAGCAGUAUUAUGAUUUCUUGUGAGACAUCUAGAAAUUAUUUCCUUGUCAUUAUAUUAUAUGUAUGGUUAUUUUACAGUGCAUGAAAAAUUAAAACUUUAUUGAUGAAUAAAUUAAA